AGGAGGCAGCCACACAAUGCCAAAGAUGCCAGCUGCCAAACCCAAAAGAAGAAAAAGAACACACCUGAGCCUGCUGCACUAAAGACACACAGCUGCACCAAUCACUGCAUGCUCUGCCUCAGGACAGGCCUGCGCUGCUGCAUGCAUCAGGAGCUGGUUCAGGGAUCUGAGGCAACAUGUCCAUGAUGUUCAGAAAGCUGAUCCCGAGCAUGAGGCAGCUGGUAUGCCUCAGCCACAUGGUCAUGCUGCUGUCCUUCAGCCUGAUGCUGUGGUGCUUCAGUCAUGAAAGGCCCUUGGAGUUCUGGAGCCAGUACUUCCAGAGAGACAGUGGGCCUCACAGGAUCCCCAAGCAGCUGCUGGAGUCUACACUGGAACAAAAGGAGAACAGCAUCUUCACGGUGGUCAACGGGACGAAGACGCUGCUGGUGGCCGCUUACCGGGAGCACCGAACCGGCAUCCACGAGGUCCGGGUCAUUGCCGUGGUGCUGCUGAGUGAGAUCGUGGACUACCGCUGCGUCCUGCGCUGUGAGAACCGGCUGAGCAGCUGUAAAGGCUACAGGAACGUGCACAGUGACAACUUUGGCUUCCCGUACGGGACGGCGGACAUCAUGUGUCUCCUCCCCUCAGACUGUGAGUGGCCGUCUCACGUGGCUCUGACCGCUGGUGAUCACUUCUCUGAAGAAAUUCUGGACACGUUCCUUGAGGUGAAGAACCAGAAGGAUCAGUACGACUCGUUUCCUCUCAACUUCACCGUCUGCUUCUCCACCAUGUACGACUACAGCAACGUGCUGCAGCUGGUCCAGAGUCUGGAGAUGCUGCAGUUACUGGGGGUGGGCAGAGUGGUCGUCUAUCUGACCAGCUGCAGUCCUGAGACGCAGCGUGUUCUGGACUACUACACACAGAAAGGUCUGGUGGAGGUGAUCCCCUGGUCCAUGUCCAGAUAUCUGAACGUGUCUCGAGGCUGGCUGCCCUAUCACGGUCCAGGUGACCUGCACUACUUUGGCCAGAUCCCUGCCCUCAAUGACUGCAUGUACAGAUACAUGUACCGCUCCAGGUACCUGGCCCAGCACGACAUAGACGAGCUCAUCCUGCCCCAGGCAGUCAACACUUGGACGGAGCUGAUGCCUCUGCUGGAGCAGAAAUAUGGCGCUGAGCAGUGCUUCCUGUUUGAGAACAACGUGUUCCCCAGCACUGUCUCCCAGCCUCCUCCGGACUCCCAGACUGUGCCCCUGCAGGACUGCUGCCCCGGCUGGAGCAACGUGACCGGGGUGAACAUCCUGGACCACCUGUACCAAGAACCCAUCAGGGAGACCAUAUACCAAAACUUCAAGAUCAUCGUCAACCCGCGAGUGGUGUUCACUGCGAGCGUUCAUGGCCUGCUGAGCACGCAGACGAGCUUCUCCUGGGUGGACAGGAACAUCGCACGCAUGUACCACACCAGACCUGCGAUACAGACUUGGCUGAAACCAGAUCAGCUGAUCUAUGACAGCCGCCUGCUGAACUUCAGAUCCAGCCUGAUCCCGCAGGUGAACGAUGCGCUGGCAGGGAGCGGGCUGCUGAGCCGGGCUCACACAGAGCACGGCUCCAAACUUUAGAGAUGAACUCCUUUUUAAAACUGAACCAACUUUAUAAUAAAAGUUUCUGUGAUCAUAUGUGUUGAAAGAAAAACUGUUACUGUGUGUAAAAGAGCAAAAUGAAGAAAAUGGCAAAUAAAUUUUUGAUACUAAA